AUGGCAGCCGAUAUGUCCGGCGAACAAAUGCAAGCCAAAAUUACCGCCGCCAGGCGUGAGGCUGAGGGGUUGAAGGACAAGAUCAAGCGUCGGAAGGAUGAGCUGGCGGACACCUCCCUUCGCCAAGUCGCACAGAGCCAGACCGAUGCACUCCCUCGAAUUGGCAUGAAGCCUCGCCGAACGCUGAAAGGUCACCUUGCGAAGAUCUACGCGAUGCACUGGUCUACCGAUCGCCGUCACCUUGUUUCAGCUUCUCAAGACGGAAAGCUCAUCAUUUGGGAUGCCUAUACUACCAACAAAGUGCACGCCAUUCCUUUGCGAUCUUCAUGGGUCAUGACCUGUGCCUACGCACCCAGCGGAAACUACGUUGCUUGUGGUGGCUUGGAUAACAUCUGUUCUAUUUACAACUUGUCAUCGCGCGAGGGCCCGACCCGUGUUGCGCGUGAGCUGUCUGGUCACUCCGGCUACCUUUCUUGCUGUCGCUUCAUUAAUGAUCGCCGCAUCAUCACCUCUUCCGGCGAUAUGACCUGUAUGCUGUGGGAUAUUGAGUCUGGUUCCAAGGUUACCGAGUUCGCCGAUCACCUCGGUGACGUGAUGUCAAUCAGCAUCAACCCAACCAACCAGAACAUCUUCGUUUCCGGUGCUUGCGAUGCGUUCGCCAAGCUGUGGGAUAUCCGAACCGGCAGGGCCGUACAGACAUUUGCUGGCCACGAGUCCGAUAUCAACGCCAUUCAGUUCUUCCCCGAUGGAAACGCCUUUGGUACCGGUUCAGACGACACUUCCUGCCGUUUGUUUGAUAUCCGUGCCGACCGCGAGCUUAACAUUUACCAGAGCGACCAAGUUCUUUGUGGUAUUACCUCUGUCGCAUUCUCCGUGUCUGGCCGAUUACUUUUCGCUGGUUACGACGAUUUUGAGUGCAAGGUGUGGGAUGUUCUCCGUGGCGACAAAGUGGGUUCGCUGAGCGGUCAUGAGAACCGCGUGAGCUGCUUGGGUGUCAGCAACGACGGUAUCAGUCUGUGCACUGGAUCUUGGGAUUCACUUCUCAAGGUUUGGGCCUGGUAA